AUGAGCAGGAAGACACGGCGGUGGAUUUUACAUUUUUUCCUGUGCCUUGGAAUAGUCUAUUUGAAAAUCGGGGGUCUGUCGUCGGUGGUCGCGCUGGGAGCGAGCAUCAUAUGUAAUAAAAUCCCGGGCUUGGCCCCCCGUCAGAGGACUAUCUGUCAGAGCCGGCCCGACGCGAUCAUAGUGAUCGGUGAGGGAGUUCAGAUGGGGAUCAAUGAGUGCCAGUUCCAGUUCAGACACGGACGCUGGAACUGCUCAGCCCUGGGAGAGAGGACCGUGUUCGGGAAAGAGCUCAGAGUGGGCAGUAAAGAGGCUGCGUUCACCUAUGCUAUCAUUGCUGCUGGGGUUGCCCAUGCAGUCACUGCAGCCUGUACCCAGGGCAGCCUGAGUGGCUGCAGCUGUGAUAAGGAGAAACAAGGUUUCUACAACCAGGAGGAGGGCUGGAAGUGGGGCGGCUGCUCUGCAGACAUCCACUACGGCCUGGGCUUCUCCAAGGAGUUUGUGGAUGCGCGGGAGAUUAAGCAGAACGCCAGGACUCUCAUGAAUUUACACAACAAUGAAGUGGGGCGCAAGGUCCUGGAAAAAGGCAUGCGUCUGGAGUGUAAGUGUCACGGCGUAUCUGGAUCCUGCACCACCAAGACCUGCUGGACAACACUGCCCAAGUUUCGCCAGCUGGGAUACAUGCUCAAGGACAAGUACAACCAGGCUGUGCACGUGGAGCCGGUGCGAGCCAGCCGCAACAAACGCCCGACCUUCCUGAAAAUCAAGAAACCCCACUCCUACCGCAAGCCCAUGGACACAGAGCUGGUCUACAUCGAGAGAUCGCCGAACUACUGUGAGGCCGACUCUCUGACCGGCAGCAUGGGAACGCAGGGCCGCCUGUGCAACAAAACAGCUCAGCAGCCCAACAGCUGUGACCUGAUGUGCUGCGGUCGGGGAUAUAACACACACCAGUACUCACGUGUUUGGCAGUGCAACUGCAAGUUCCUGUGGUGCUGCUACGUCAAAUGCAACACCUGCAGUGAGAGGACAGAGGUGUACACCUGUAAAUAG